GUGCACGAGACAUGGAUGGACGGCAUUGAGGAGCUGCGCAGCUGCAUCAUGGAAAAGUGCCCUGAAGGGGGGAAGGCCAAGCUGCAGCAGGACCUGGACGAAGCCUACCACCUGGUGGAGCAGCGCAUAGAGGAGCACAUGGAGGCCUUCAAGACCCGCGCCCUCGCCACUGCCUUCGCGCUGCCCCCCUCGCUACAAGCACACCUUGCCUCACUGCCACCUCACCUGCCACGCGCCACAGCCGCGCCAGCUGGCAGCGAGGUUGGAGCGGGCGGGGAUGAUGACCUGGCGGCUGAAGCGGCGGCUCUUGAUGCUGAGCUGGCAGAGCUCAAUGCCACGCUGGCAAAGGUGAAGAGCGUUGGAUUCAGCUGUGCUGUGACUUUCUUUACUGGCUGCGUUCUUUCCCCUUCCUCUUCUGCUCAAUCCCUUCACUUCCCACGUGUGCGUGUUGUAUGUUCAGACUCCUGCCCUUCUUCUCCUCAACACAUGCUGCCCUGA